AUGGAGAGUGGAAAAAGUGGGCAAUCGUCGAACAAAGCAAAGGGGAAAGAGAAAAUGACCGCCCGCGCCCUUUUCAACGACGACCAGGAUGAGGAGAUGUUCGAUGCAGAGGCACACGAUUUGGGUGACGAUCAGACGACCUCAUCCACUCCUCCAAAAGAUGGGCCACGGGAUGAGUCACAGGAUGAGUCACAACUCCCGUUUUUGGACCUUACUACGUUGUGGUUUGAUGAUCCUAAGGUUCGGAGUGUGGUAUCCUUGGCGAAGAACAAGGGCCAGCUGCCAACAGCUCCUGAGCUGUUUCUGAAGACACACUUCAAGGAGCUUCCUUGGAAAGGCACAAUGGCAGUAAACCCCACAGCUCAGGAAAUUGCGCCAGAUGGGUCGACUUUCCACAUCUUCCAUGCAGUACACGCCCUCCCUUGUUUCUCAGAUGUAGGAUCAGAUGGAAACCAGGGUGCAGGCUCUUCGGGAAGAAAUGGAACUCGAGAUGGAAGCUCGAGUUCAAGCUCAGUAAAGGCCCAAAUGGAAGAAAUGGAGAGGAGCAUUCAGUUGCCAGAGUGGUUAUCAUCCUCGUUCAUAAGUUACCUCGAUUUAUCGAGUAAUCAACUUACAGGGAAGUUGCCUACAUGGAUAAGGAACAUGAAUUUGGAGUUCCUCAACAUCUCUAAUAAUCGAUUCUACUCAACCAUUCCGGUUGAAUUCAAGAAUCUUUACGGCCUCUCAAACCUUGAUCUUCACUCAAACAACUUCUAUGGUCCAUUGGAAGUAAUCUUCAAUAAAGAAGGUGUGCACUACAACUCUAUCGACGUGUCUUACAAUAAGUUCAAUGGUGAAAUUGACAAAAACAUAGGUAACAUCCCUACUAUGCGCUCUAUAACUUCCUUGAUCUUGUCAAAUUACCCAUUAGGAGGAUCGAUACCAAGCUCGAUAGGUAAUUUACACAAGUUGUGGGUUUUGAAGAUGGUUUCUAACCGGCUUACAGGAAGAAUUCCUCAAGAACUUGGAAAUGCCAAGCAAUUGACGACAAUUUUGUCAUCGAGGCAUAGAUUGAGUGGAAGUAUUCCUAAGAAGGUGUUGAAUUUGGCGAACUUGCAAGAGUUUGAUGUCUCAAGGAAUCAACUAAGUGGAAAAAUUCCUCCCCAUAAUUCAAGUAUUCCUGCUUCUGCAUUUUCACAUAAUCUCGGCCUUUGCAAUGCUCCUCUCCCUUCUUGUAAAAAUUAG